UUGAAAAUGAAACGCCGACUCGAUAAAUGUCACGAUUUAGGAGUGAUUAACCGAGAAGUGUUAAUUGGUCGUUUAGCGGCCGAACGGUGAAAUUAGCGACCUAAUAAUCACGUGCGAUCGAGAUGUCGGUGGACGCGUAAACACGCGAGAAGUGCACGUGACAAGCAUCGUUCGCAUUUCACUGGGAGACGCGAGGGAAUGUAAACGCGAUACUCAUGAGUAGCGAUGGGAUCAAGUUCAAUGGGUACUCGCGAAUUCGAGUCAAGUCUAGUAAAGUUUACUAAGUAAACAAGGUUUCGGGGUUGGACUACUACUACUAUACAAAUCAGUAGCGGACAUCAGUGUGGCCAGAUAACUUGAUAUAAACAUUCACUUGACUCUACUUGAUUUCUUUCAAGCACUUCUUUCUAAUACUCUACAAUAUCAAUAAAUGAUAAUAUCUUACUUCAUAGGUCUGAAUAUUAUUCUUUUUUUAAACAAAAAGCAUAGAAAAAUCUUUUCGUGACUUGUCAUCGUUUGUACCACAACAAUCGUGCGCAUUAGUAGACGCCGCGAAGCCUUUAGUACCCGCGAGCGUGGACUAAAGCAACAAAUGUCCCUCGACAAAUACGAUUGGACAAUUCCACAGGUGGAGGGGCUUAUGGCACUUUUCUCGCGCGCGUAUAAUACUUGUAAGGUGCUUGAUCCGAUCGCUACUCGUGAGUCAGUCGCUCGUACAGAGCAGGUGCACUUACAUCUAAAAGCAAUUCCAAGGAUUCGAUGGAAACACCGAACUGCGUAAUUUGAGCCGCGGCUUCCAUAAAGUAUUCGUUUGUUUAACAAACCGCCGUCGACCAUAGAGGCGAUAACAUUGAACCGAUAUCCGGUGCGCGGUUUCAGUUUGGCGUGCGGGCAGGACGUGGCUUACCAUGCAUAAACAUUAACAUUCGACGCCGUAGACAAUUUCGUAUUCGUAUAAAUAAAUUGUAUAUGCGACACGGGGGUUUGCGUUGCUCGAAAUGUGGAGUGUGUUGAGAGGAUUUCUGGAACAGUUCCUCUUGCUGGGACUGUUCCUGGUGAUUUUGUACUGCUUCUUUACCUCGACCUUCGACUUCUGGGAGAGUCGCGGUGUGCCGUUUCGAAAACCGAUCCCGUUCUUCGGCAAUUUUGCGCCUAUGCUGUUGUUUCGAAAAUCUCUGCCAGAGGGCAUCCAGGAGAUGUACGAAUGGUUCAAGGACGAAAGGUUCUUUGGAGCGUACCGCGUCAGAUCGCCCUUGCUCAUCCUGCGGGACCCAGACCUGAUCAAGAAUAUCUGCGUGAAGAAUUUCGCCUGCUUCGCGAAUCGUGGUAUACCGGUAAAUUCUCAGGAUCCCCUGUUGGCUCACCUGUUCAACCUGGAAGGGAAGAAAUGGAAGAGCCUCAGGUCCAAGCUGACCCCAGCCUUCUCUUCAGGCAAACUGAAGAGGAUGUUCUACCUUCUGGCGGAGUGCAGCGAGGAGUUUCAGAAACUAAUCGACGCCUCCGCCAAAGGCGAUAGCCCGUACGAGGUUCGCGAGUUGGCGACGAAAUUUACAAUAGACGUCAUCGGUAGCUGUGCGUUCGGCAUACAAAUAAAUGCUGUCACCGACGAGGACUCCGAGUUCCACAGGGCAGCGAAGAAGCUCUCGAAACCGAGCUACACGACCACGCUCUGGAGGAUGCUCAGAACCGCCAUGCCUAGAUUGUACAAGCUUUUGGGUGUCCAGGUGAUCGAUCCAGGGGUGACGACAUUCUUCAAGGAUGUCGUGUCACAGAUGAUCAGGCAACGGGAAAAGAGCGACGUCAAGAGGCACGACUUUAUGGACUUGUUGAUCGAGCUCAAAAAUAAGGGCACGCUGGAAGGUGACACGGGGAACGGGCAAAUCUGUAAUGAAGAAGACGCAGAGGUGGCCGAGGAAAUAGAAAUGGACGAGAACAGUAUUGCCGCGCAAGCGUUUGUUUUCUUCGCCGCUGGUUAUGAAACUUCGUCGAACACCAUUGCGUUUUGCCUUCACGAGUUAGCGCUGAAUGCUGAAAUUCAAGAAAAAACAAGACGGGAUAUUCACGACGCCAUCGACAACAGAGACGGCAAACUAACUUACGAUGCUGUCCAGGACAUGAAGUACCUCGACAUGGUGAUUGCAGAAACGCUUAGGAAGUAUCCACCAGCUUCACUCCUCUCCCGAAGAUGCGAGUAUCAGUACCAAAUACCAAAUACUAAGGUCGAGUUACCAGCAGGUAUGCGGGUUAUCAUACCAAUUUACGGCCUUCACCAUGAUCCAGACUAUUAUCCAAAUCCCUCAAGCUUCGAUCCUGAGAGAUUCACGGAAGAGAACAAAAGAACGAGGCAUCCAUACACAUACCUCCCAUUUGGGGAGGGACCUCGAAAUUGCAUAGGAAUGCGAUUCGCGCUCUUGCAAAUCAAGAUAGGAAUAAUUUCGUUUUUAAGAAAACAUCGAGUGGAGAUCUGCGAUAAGACGAUUACGCCGUUGAAGUUCAGUAGACGCAGCCUUGUUACUACGAGCGAGAACGGAUUCUGGCUCAAGAUCAUACAGUCUUCUUAAAUCUGCAAAUUGUAUUUUACGGGGCACAUUGGGACGCUUCGAAAUUUAAUUCCGUUUUUUUUUUACGCAACCCUGUAUAUGUACAAGACGAGAGGACGACUUUAAAAAUAAAACCUGAACAAUAGGUUUAUUGCGUACUUAAUACUAGUACGACCAGUGAUUAAGCUUCAAUAUAGACGUUAUUUUAUUUUGUACUUGUAAAAAUAACUUUCAAAUAUUGUUAUAUAAAUAAAACAUUUAUAUUUUUGUAAACAUUUUAUAUAUCUUACAGCAGGACUUACAAUGUAUUUGAUGAAAUAUACAAUGUACAGAUAAAAGAUAUGUGGUACGAACUAUUUAAUAAAUUUGUAGUGUGUAGUUCUAA